UGGCGGCGGUACCGCCACCCGCCGGAGGCCGCUCGCCCGCGCUCCUGCGGCAAAGGCGGGCAGCGGGCGCUCCGCGCCCCGCUCCUCCUCCCUCCGCCCCGAGCGGCUCGGCGGCCCUCGCCAAGAUGUCUCGGGAUCCCGGCCGCAGCCGCUGGCUCCUUUUGGCCGCUUGCGCCCACGUCUUCUUCCUCCUCCCGCCGCUCCGCACCCGGGGUUUUGCUUUAAGUGCAGUUCUUGAAGAUGCAGAAGAUAAAGCUGAAGUACCAGUGCUGCAGAAGUCUGAAAAACGUGGAACAGUGAGUAAAAGGAACAAGGAAUUAAAAGAAGUUAUCUUUGUCAUCCAGAGUCAAAGCAAUUCCUUUCAUUCCAAAAGAGCAGAAGAUCUAAAAAGAGAUAUUUUAAAACAGACUGCAGAUCUUGGAAAGGAAUUACCAACUGUGCUGCUUAUUCAUCAGAUGGACAGGCAUGAAGGUGCAUGGACCAUAUUACCACUAAUGAGAGAUUUCUCUGUUGCCUACGGUAGGAACUCCUCAUGGAUUUUCUUCUGUGAAGAAGAUACAAGAAUACAAGUUGUAAAGCUGCUAGAAAUACUUAGAAGAUUUGACACCUCUAAGGAGUGGUUUUUAGGUAAAGCAUUACAUGAUGAAGAAUCUACAAUAAUUCACCACUAUGCCUUUGCUGAAAAUCCUACAGUCUUCAAAUUUCCAGAUUUUGCUGCUGGUUGGGCACUUAGUAUUCCACUCGUUAACAAGCUUGCAACUAAGCUGAAAAGUGAACCACUCAAGUCAGACUUUACAAUAGAUUUAAAACAUGAGAUUGCCCUGUAUAUUUGGCAGAAAGGGGAUGGACCACAUCUUACUCCAGUGCCUGAAUUCUGUACAGGUGAUGUGAACUCAGAUAGGGUUGAUCAGUGUGCAACAACAUUCAGUAACUUUCUUCCACUUUGUGGAGAGCCAGUAAAAAAGGAAGAUGUCUUUGUUGCUGUAAAAACAUGUCGGAAAUUUCAUGGAGACAGAAUACCAGUUGUAAAGCAGACUUGGGAAAGAGAAGCUGCACUUAUUGAAUACUACAGUGAUUACAGAGACAUCUCCAUUCCUACUGUAGAUUUAGGUGUACCGAAUACUGAAAGAGGUCACUGUGGGAAAACUUUUGCCAUUUUGGAAAGGUAUUUGAAUCAUAGCUCUCCCAGAACUCCAUGGUUAGUCAUAGUGGAUGAUGACACACUGAUAAGUAUCUCCAGACUCCGAAAACUGCUCAGCUGCUAUGACCCAAAUGAACCAGUAUUUCUUGGAGAGCGUUAUGGUUACGGCUUGGGAACAGGAGGAUAUAGUUAUAUCACUGGAGGAGGAGGGAUGGUUUUCAGUAGAACAGCUGUUCAGAGGCUGCUUGCUAGUAAGUGCCGGUGUUACAGCAUGGAUGCACCUGAUGAUAUGGUCCUGGGGAUGUGUUUCAGUGGCUUAGGAAUCCCUAUAACACACAGCCCGCUAUUCCAUCAGGCACGGCCAAUGGACUACCCCAAAGACUACCUUUCUCACCAGAUUCCAGUGUCAUUUCACAAACACUGGAAUAUUGAUCCAGUGAAGGUGUAUUUCACAUGGCUGGCACCAAACACAGAAGAGGCACUUAAUGGAAAGAAAGUUGAAUUUAACAGAGAGGACUUAUAAGAAGGAGAAGAAUUAAAGUAUCGAUUAACGUACUGCAGGUGAGAGGCAGUCACUACUGUGAUUUUUGUGUCGUUCUUAUACUGAGGAUCUUUUUGUGACAUAGCAGAAAAUGUUUUGUUCCCGUUACUUCAGAGCAGUGGAUGAAGGCUUAUAAUCAACUUUUGGAUUGUUUUGUUAUGCUUGGUUUCUUUUUAAAUAUCUUAGAGCUUUAUACAUUUGUGAACUUGCCACACAUUGAAACACACACUACAACUUUGCAUUCUGUGUUGGUCUGUGAAUGAUACAGCAUCCAUUUGCAUUUCCUUCAUUUGCUCUUGCAAAAGCUGCAGUUCUUUAUUUGGGAGCUUAAUGUUGAAUAUCUGUUAAAUGCCUGUUGAACAUUGUGUCUGAUUGACCUUCAGGAAACAGUUCUCUAAACUGUUCUGAAGAGGUUUCUGGUGAAUGAGAGGAGACAGGACUUUAUUUCUUUGACCAGGAGCUGGAUUGUUUGAAAGCUUUGUGCUCCUUUGUGCUCAUUUCAAUUGGAAACUGGAGGUUCCUGGUGGACCAAGUGUGAGCUGCUCGUGUACCUUUAAGUUCAUCAGAAUUUCUGACAAUGUCACCUUCUAAAGAACUGGGAUUUCCGAAGCGGCCACGGGAGGUCACUGUAGCUCCUCUAGAAACCUAAAUCGUGGUGUAACUCUUUGGCAAGUAUAAAUGGGACUUAAGGAUUUUUGAAGAUCUGUCACUUCACUGUUGCUGAUGUGUGUGUUUCCGUAGUACAUGGAUGACAGCUUUAAAAAGUUUGCAGUGUUCCUAAUUUAUAUCAUCAAGAUAAGUAAUUUUGUGCUUACAAUAUGUAAAAACUGAUUCAUAUUUAAUUGUUCUUCAUUGUUUUCUUUGAGUAAUUCAAUUUUGUAGAAAUGUUUGUACAAAAACUGGCUUCAGUGUGUUUUAAACUAAUUUUUAUACUGCAAAACUUUUAAGGGAACAGUAUAUGACACUUGUAUGCUGUUACUUAACUUCACUUGGUAUAUUGUAACCAAAUACAGGGUCUUAAAGCCAUACUGCUGAGGUCAUUUGUGGUUUUGCUUUGGUUUUUGGUAGGUUAGAAAUUGGUUCCAUUCCAAAGUAAUGCAAUACUUGCUCGUAUGUCCAAAUAGGGGGCCACUGAUUCCAGUUACUGAAGUUGUAGAAACACUUGUUUGUGAAUGUAGCUUGUGGUAUUUUAAGCAUUUGAAUAGCAAGCACAUAUUCCUAACAGAUUCAUGUACUGAUUACAUAGGAGAGAUCCACGUUAUGUAUUUUUUUCUUUUUUUCUUCCCACUAUCAGUGCCUUAAACAGUAGACAUUUACUGAUACCAGGGCUGUGUUCUCUGGCACCGUGGAUGUAUUGUCAAUUGUGUUUACUGUUUAGAACUGUGAGAGCUGAAAGCGGAAUAAAAGCAUUCUUGUCUAA